AACCUAAACGUCCAAGAUUAAUGAAUAAGUUGAUACACUUAUACAGUGGAAUACUAUACAAGUCAAAAUGAAUGAGUAUAACGAAGAAGAAUCAACUUAGUUCGCUGAUGUUGAGUGAAAAACAAACAAAUUUGUAGAAUAAUUUAUGUACAACGUUAAACAAUGUACGUAAAUGUUAUUACAAGCACAAACAGGGCAGAGUUAACUGUUCUUGAGCACCUACUAUGUACCUUAACCCCCAGGGCAACCCUAAGAGCUGGUUACUGAUACUCUGUCUUUUCACAGAGUAGGAAACUGAGGCUCGCUGAGGUGCAGCCCUGCCCAGGGACACAGCCGGAGGAAGCCUAGGUCUGGGACCCACUGGCCAGCCCCUUGAGGCCCCUCCCUGCUUGGCCGCUCCAGGGACUCGGGUCUCAGGUCUGGGCCAGGAUUCUGAGCAAGAGGCCCUGCAACUUCAGCCGCUGCUCCCGCCAUGCCCGCCCCUCCCUCACCUCACAAUGCCUCCCAUUCAGCCCUGUCCCCGCUGCCAGGUCUGCGGGCUGGGAGGGGGGCUCCCGCUGGCGUCCAGGCAGGGACCGUUGCCAACCUUCCCCUGUGCUGCAUUUCCAGGCUGGACUGACCGUGCGAUCGGCAUGGCGGGGCCCCAGAGUGUCUCCGUGGUGCUGCUGCUUCCUCUGCUGCUGCCACUGGGGCCAACCUGGCAUGCAGCUGCCCAGCGCUGCCCACAGACCUGCGUCUGCGACAAUUCCAGGCAGCAUGUUGCCUGCCGGCACCAGAACCUCACCGAGGUGCCGAAUGCCAUCCCUGAGCUGACCCAGCGGCUGGACCUCCAGGGCAACAUGCUGAAGCUGAUCCCCCCAGCUGCCUUCCGGGACCUUCCUUACCUGACACACCUGGACCUGCGGCACUGCCAGGUGGAGCUGGUGGCCGAGGGUGCCUUCCGAGGCCUGGGCCGCCUGCUCCUCCUCAACCUGGCCUCCAACCGCCUGAACACGCUGCCCCAGGAGGCGCUGGACGGGCUAGGCUCGCUGCGGCGGCUGGAGCUGGAGGGGAACCUGCUGGAGGAGCUGCGGCCGGGGACGUUCGGGUCGCUGGGCGCGCUGGCCACGCUGAACCUGGCCCACAACGCCCUCGUCUACCUGCCCGCCAUGGCCUUCCAGGGGCUGGUGCGCACCCGCUGGCUGCAGCUGUCCCACAACGCGCUCAGCGUGCUGGCCCCCGAGGCCCUGGCCGGCCUGCCCGCGCUGCGCCGGCUCAGCCUGCACCACAAUGAGCUGCAGUCCCUGCCCGGGGCGACCUUGUCCCAGGCCCGCGGCCUGGCCCGCCUCGAACUGGGCCACAACCCCUUCACCUACACGGGCGAGGAGGACGGGCUGGUGCUGCCCGGCCUGCGGGAGUUGAGGCUGGACCACGGGGCCCUGCAGGCCCUGGACCCCAGGGCCUUUGCCCACUGCCCCCGCCUGCACACCCUGGACCUCCGUGGGAACCAGCUGGAUGCCCUGCAGCCGCUGCAGGGCCCGGGGCAGCUGCGCCGGCUGCGGCUGCAGGGGAACCCGCUGCGGUGCGACUGCCGGGCUCGGCCCCUGCUCCAGUGGCUGGCGCGUGCGCGCGUACGCUCGGACGGCGCGUGCGGGGGGCCGCGGCGCCUGCGCGGCGAGGCCCUGGACGCCCUGCGGCCCUCGGACCUGCGCUGCUCCAGAGCCGAGGCGGAGGAGGAAGAGGAGGAAGAGGAGGAGGUGGUGGCCGCGCGGCCCCGUGCCCCUGCCGGCACCUCCCAGGAGAAGGCUGGGGCGGCCGGGCCCUGCCCGCGCGCCUGCGUGUGCGCCCCUGAGUCCCGGCACAGCGGCUGUGAGGGCCGCGGCCUGCAGGUCGUGCCCCGCGGCUUCCCCAACGACACCCAGCUCCUGGACCUGAGGCAGAACCACUUCCCCUUGGUGCCCCGAGAGGCCUUCCCGGGCCUGGGCCAGCUGGUGUCGCUGCACCUGCAGCACUGCGGCAUCACGGAACUGGAGGCAGGCGCCCUGGUGGGGCUGGGCAGCCUACUCUACCUCUACCUCUCGGACAACACGCUCUCCAGCCUCAGCGCUGCCUCCCUCGAAGGGGCGCCCUGCCUGGGCUACCUGUACCUGGAGCGCAACCGCUUCCUGCAGGUGCCAGGGGCCGCCCUGCACGCCCUGCCCAGCCUCUUCUCCCUGCACUUGCAGGACAACGCUCUGGACCGCCUGGCACUGGGGGACCUGGCAGGCGUUCGGGCCUUGCGCUGGCUCUACCUGAGUGGGAACCGCAUCACCCAAGUGUCCCCCGGGGCACUGGACCCCACUCAGGAGCUGGAGAAGCUGCACCUGGACAGGAACCAGCUGCGAGAGGUGCCCACUGCGGCCCUGGAGGGGCUGCCUGCCCUCCUGGAGCUGCAGCUCUCGGGGAACCCGCUCAGAGCCCUGCGAGAUGGGGCCUUCUGGCCCGUGGGCCGCUCACUGCAACACCUUUUCCUGAACAGCAGUGGCCUGGAGCAGAUUUCUCCCGGGGCCUUCCUGGGCCUGGGGCCCCGGCUCCAGAGCCUACAUCUGCAAGAGAAUCAGCUGCAGGCCCUGCCCGCCCUGCCCGCUCUCAGCCAGCUUGAGCUCAUCGACCUCAGUGGCAACCCCUUCCACUGUGACUGCCACCUGCUCCCACUUCACAGGUGGCUCACUGGGCUGAACCUGCGUGUGGGGGCCGUCUGUGCCGCCCCUCCCAGUGUCCGCGGCCAGAGGGUGAAGGCUGCAGCUGCUGUCUUUGAAGCCUGCCCGGGCUGGGCUGCCAGGAAGGCCAAGCGGACGCCGGCGCCCAGACCUGGUGCCCGGAGGACCGCCAUGAGGGGAAGAUGGCAGGGAGCGAACAAGGUUGGCCCGGGGCAGGUGCAGGGAGGCCUCACUGGGUGGGUCAGGUUUUAAAGCCCCUGGGGUAGCAGGGGUCUGACUUGUCUUGGUCCCAACUUCAUGAGGUUCUAGAUCUGGGCAAUGACCCUGUUGCUUCCGUUCAAAAAUGUCCAUCCCCCUCUCCUUACUUCCGCCACCUCUGGGCUAAGCCCAGAGUGGGUUUGUAAGGAAAUGACUGCCCACUGUUUCAUCCCACGGGACGGUGGCCUUUCCGAUUAAGCUGCAGCGUCCCAGGCCCCUAGAUAUCCGUGAGAAGAGCCCCACAGUGGCCAUUGCUGCCAGAUUGCUGUUGAUUCAGCCCGUUCCCACCUGAUCUUGGGGGCCUCGCUCGUCCCUGGGGCGGGAAGAGCAGGAGUGCAGGUGUGUGGUUGGUGCCACGGGUCGGACUCCAUCACCCCCUUGACGUUACGUUUGCUGUCCAGACAAACCCAUUCACACUGGAACGCUCAGCUGUAGCAAAAUCUCGCAGCCCAUCCGAGAAGAGUGGGCAGGACAUGGGUACCCCUCCACGUGGCGACCCGUGCUGGGUGGUGAGGGGAUGUAGGGGAGGCAGACCUUAGAGAGAAGCCGUGACCAGAACGGGGGGGGGGGUGGCUCUGGGAAGGAAGGGAGAGGGUCCUGCCUGCCUCUGCACCUGCAGCUUGAAGAGCUGGGGCACCUGGGGACCAUCAAUGGUGUUUGUAUUAGUUCCCGAGGGCCGCAGUGCCACAAACUACCACAAGCUGGGUGGCUCAGAACCACAGCAAUGUAUUGUCUCACUGAUGUGGAGGUUAGAAGCCUGGAAUCAAAGUGCUGGCGGGGCUGUGCUUCCUCUGAGGCCUCGAGGGGAGGGUCCUUCUGUGCCCUGUCCAGCAGCCUCCGCGGGCCCCAGAUGUGCCUUGGCUGUGGCAGCACAACCCCCGUCCCUGACUCCGCCGUCACAUGAUGUCUUCCCGUGUCUCUCCACGUUGUCUUCCCGCUGGAUGUGUCCAAAUUCGCCUUUUUUUUUUU